GAAGAACUUUGGCAGUGUCACACAAAGUAAGCAAUGUUCGACUUUCAUAGCUAUUCUACUCCGAUUUAAAAAGAGAACGGAAUACUUAAUGCGGCUUAUGUUGAUAUGUCUUUUGACGUUCGAAAAAGUCAAUAAAAUUUAAUAUUUAAAAUACCAUGGAACUUUUUAGGUAAUGUCUCCCUCUAAAAGAUAAAUGUCACACAAAAAGUAUACAAAGAUUCAUCUUGAUGUUGGUUUAUUUGUUCACAUUUUAGACAUUUCUUUUGAUUUAUCCUAAAGGUAUUUGUCCUUUAGAAGAUAAUUGAGAGUGGAUGAAAUUUACCUACUGUAGCUAAAUGAGGAAUAAAACCAGAGCCAGUAUUGGACCCUUUGAGCAUUUAUUAUAUUUUAUUUACAUAAUACAUUUUUAAAAUAUUUAACGAUUAUUUUAUUUAUAGAUGAACAAGUGUACAGGGUCUUCCAUUUAUUCAAAAUGUGAUAUUUUUUUUUAAUUCCGUUUUAACCCUAAGAAAAUUUUACAGAAUUAAAAAAUGCAAUAUCACUAAUUAAUUAUAAAUGGCACACAUCAAGUAUGGAAAGUGACAUACAAAACACUUAUUAAAGUAAUGAGAAGAGCAUGGAGGAAGAGUGUCAAAACAAAUUAUUCUAAAAAGAAGAAAAAUGAGGUUAUGAAGCUUUGAAUUUUCAAAAAUAAAUAAUGAAUAUACAAAGAAAAGCUAUUAAACUCUUCCAGGAAAUUGCUGUAAAAUACCCAUUAUUUAAUUGUUUUAGAUUCGCCAGUAAAACAACCGCAGAAUAUUGUGCGGAUUCAGUUAAAAAAUUUGAUUAUGAAAAUUUUGUUUGUUCCUUACUUUUACGGAAUUCUGCAAGGUCAUGUGCGCUUGCCGUUAGAAGUUUUAAUAUAGAAAUUGCCCAAAUAGCUGAGCAGGUAUCUCAAGAAGCUAUAGGCCUUAUGAGAUUUAAAUUUUGGGAAGACACUAUAGAAAAAUGUCUAACCCACGAUUACAGAUUAGUACCUAAACAUCCUGUAGCUCAAGAACUUUUUAAAGCUAAUAAUAAGCAGAAACUGACAAAAAGAUACUUCAAAAACUUAAUAAAUUCUCGUAAAAAUUCCCUAGGCAUAACAAGUUUUAAAACAUUAGAAGAAUUGGAAAAGUAUGCUGAACAUAGUGUUUCCAAUAUUUAUUAUUUAAUUUUAGAAUCGUCUGGUAUUAAAAAUGUUCAUGCAGAUCAUGCUGCUUCACAUUUAGGAAAGGCCCAAGGAAUUGUGCAACAAAUAAGAAGUAUACCUCAUGCCAGACGUUUAAAUUUUUUAUCAAUACCUCUUGAAAUUCUGGUAAAGAACAAAGUUGUUCAAGAAGAUGUAUUGAGAGCUAAAAAGAGUGAACAAUUGACAGAGUGUACAUUUCAAAUAGCUAGUAGGGCCCACCAGCACUUACUAAAAGCAAGAAGUUUAGCAAAUAGUGUUCCCAAGGAAGGCAGAAGUGUUUUAUUACCAGCAGUGCCAGUUUUUAUGUAUUUAGAUAGGUUACAAAAAGUUAACUAUGAUGUAUUUGAUCCAGGCUUACAGAAUAGAUCUUGGAAAUUGUUACCCAGCCUUUGGUUAACUAAUUUUAGAAAUAAAUACUAAUAACUGUUUUAUUUUUUAUUAAGACUGUUUUAAAGUUGUCAUAAUUUAUUGUCGAAUGUAUUUUUUUUAUGUUCACAGUUCUAUCUUGGAGUAUUCCUGCUUCUAAGUUUCAGGAUUACUUUACUUGGAAGUUGUUGCAUUACAUCUCGUAUAAAAAAGGGGAUAAGUGAAAGUAUAUGGAGAAUAAAAUUAAUUAGAAUUUUUUAAUGGCAUAUUUUUAUAGAAAUAUACAAUGUUAAGAAAAAUAAUACAAAAUAUGGAAUGCCACACUUAAGUACAGUAUACAUCUAAAGAAAAUAAUUGUAACAUACUAAAAGUACUCAAAAAAGUACUCCAUCUAGAAAAUUUAUAUAUCUUUAUCACAUAUUUGAAACAAGCCUAAAGAAUGCAUUUUUUUUUAAAGGAAAUAUUAAAGCUCAUAAUGGACUUGUUCAAAUUUAAAAUAUGCAAGCUUUGUAAUAUUAACAUUAAUUUGACACAAAAUAAGUAACUUGAAAAUGUUUUAUAGUUUUUGUAGUAACGACCUAUAAAUAAACCAAUCAAAUUUUUUUUUCUGUAAAAUGAAAAUUUUAUUCUCAACUUGACUUGCAAAAUUUAUUAUAACUGAUAAUCCUAUAAAUUAAUUAAUAAACAUGUAAAAUAUAUCCAAUGUGUUCUUUUUGAAACAACAGUACAGUUUUUACCUAUAAUCAUAUUCCAGUUGUAUUUUUCUUGUAGAGAGCAUUGUUAUAACUAUUAUUGACCUUCAAGAUAGUUUAAAAUGAGUCACAGCUUUAAAAAUCCCCUAAAAUAGUUCGAUUUUGCUACUCAAAAAAUUGCCUAAAGAUUUAACAACAAUUAGUCGACUUCACAUUGUCUUGAUAUACAACAUUAAAAAACAGUGAUGUAUAAUCUGAGGAGUAACAUUUGCCUAAUAUACUCUAAAUUUUGAUGUCUGUACACAUUUUUAUUUUUUUUUUUUAAUUUAUGCCAGUUUGUAUGCUCAUCAAAAAUUGUAUAAUAUAAAAUUGGUGUAUUAGUCUCUUUCGGCAGAGAAAAUUGACAAGUGACGCUUGUCAUUUUUUAAAUUGUUUUUUUCAAGUAUGAAGUAUCACGAUCAGAAACAGUUUCAUACAUUUCUUAAAUAAAAUAUCAAGAGAAAUUUCAUUGUGAUACUUAUGCUUAAACUUUUAUAUCGUUUAUACUGUAAUAAUGUCUGUAAUAUAAAUAUAUCGAUCUAUAAUACUUCUUUAAACCUACAAAUAAAGCCUAGCAUAACCCCGGAAAAAGCGCACUACUGUCACCUAUGUGACAAACGAUCAACAUUCAGUUUCAACAUUGACCAAACUAACAUAGGUAACUUAACCAGUAUAUUGAUAUGUCACAGGAACGGGAUGCAUUUGAGAUGGCAUGUGUUGCAGUCUUUGAAUGUGGCAGUUUCGGCACAUCAGCCUAUCCUCUAAUGGGUAACAGCGUUUGUCAGGUUCGUCUGUCAACUGCAUGCCACAUUCUUCGCAGAUGUAACAGUCUACAUGGAAAUCCUUGUCCAUUGAUACCACACGGACUGUUUCUUCCG